GACGUGCACAAACAGGAAGUAGAUGUGUCUCUGACCAAUCGCAUCAAGAGAAGUCCAGCAGGACGGAGCCUGCCCGGAGAAAACGCACGACUCUCCUCAUACACCUUGUGUUUGUAGCCGUGCUAGCUCUGUCAGCUUGUUGACCAGCCCUUUUACUGCUAACUGGACGCAACAGUAGAGGUGCUCUGUCUCCAUUAAUGCGACAUAGACAAGUAGAGCAGCCGGCCAACAAAGCAACACUCCGGGUGGGUGAUAGCAGUGGAGAUGUGCAAUAAGCUGCACUGGACACUGAGGACCUCUCCUGCCAGUCUAUCACCUGACAGCUGUCACCGCGCCUAGCUGGUUAGCUAGCUAGCUAGCUGGCUGGGUGAGCUAACGGCUAACAAGUGUUUUUUUUCCUAGCUCGGCUAAGUUGGCCAGUCAGCGGUGCUCAGAAUUUCCCAGUGGACAACUGUGGCUCCGCCAGGACCGGUGUACGUGAUCAUUUUGUGGGCUUUGUCGGCAUGAGUUAGCCAAAGAGCGACCGAAAUUAGUGUUGGAUAUAUUUUGACUUACAACCAGCUAGCUAGUUUUUAGCUUGAAGCAAGCUAGCUGCAUUCAUUCAAUGAUAGAGCAGCUGCUAAAGCUUACGCCGGCGUUUCAACAAGCAGGGACUGGCUUUACCGAACCUUAAUCUUUGGUACGAUUUGGACCCCACCGUGUUCGGGCAACAUCUGGGAGAAAUGAAGAAAUUUUUCGACACUCGUCGGGAGUUGGUGAGCUCUGGGCCUGGUUCCACAGUCGGCGGAGGGGGUGCUGGUUCCGGCAGCGGUGGCAGCUUCAUCGGACGGGUCUUCACCAUUGGACGGUAUCAAGUGACCGUCGAGGAGAUAAUCGCAGAAGGUGGGUUUGCCAUUGUUUUUUUGGUGCGAACUCAUCAGGGCCUACGUUGUGCACUAAAAAGGAUGUAUGUCAACAAUGAACAUGAUCUUCAGGUCUGCAAACUUGAAAUACAGAUAAUGAGGGACUUAGUGGGCAACAAGAACAUAGUUGGUUUCCUGGACUCGAGCAUAACUGCAGUUGGAGUUGGUGAUGUUUGGGAAGUGCUAAUCCUAAUGGACUUCUGUCGAGGUGGGCAGGUCGUUAACUUAAUGAACCAGAAGUUACAGACAGGGUUCACUGAGCCUGAAGUCCUGCAGAUCUUUUGUGACACGUGUGAGGCUGUAGCUCGUCUACACCAGUGCAAAACUCCAAUCAUCCAUCGAGAUCUCAAGGUGGAAAAUAUUCUUCUGCAUGACCGAGGGCACUAUGUGCUCUGUGACUUUGGUAGUGCCACCAACCACUUCCAAAAUCCCCAGACAGAGGGCGUUCCCAUAGUGGAGGAGGAAAUUAAGAAGUACACUACUCUGUCAUACCGUGCUCCAGAAAUGGUCAACCUCUAUGGUGGAAUGGUGAUCACUACAAAGGCCGACAUUUGGGCCAUGGGGUGCCUACUCUAUAAGCUGUGCUACUUCACACUUCCUUUUGGCGAGAGCCAGGUAGCCAUCUGUGAUGGCAGUUUCACUAUCCCAGACAACUCUCGCUAUUCUCAGGACAUGCACUGUCUCAUCCGAUAUAUGCUGGAACCUGACCCAGAAAUGAGGCCAGACAUCUACCAAGUAUCCUACUUUGCCUUUAAACUGGCUCGGCGAGAGUGUCCAAUCCCAAAUGUUCAAAAUUUGCCUAUUCCUGCAAAACUUCCCGAGCCUAUCAGAGCCAGUGAAGCCUUGGCUAAAAAGAGUCAAAGCAAAGCCAGGCUCACAGAUCCUGUUCCUACCACGGAAACUUCAAUUGCACCUCGACAACGCCCCAAGGCAGGCCAGGCUCAGUCCCAGCCAAUAACGGGUAUUCUUUCCAUCCAGCCAGCUCUCACCCCACGCAAAAGGCCCAGUGUAACUGCUGCAGCAACCCAGGGCAUAGGUGUCCCAUCUUCUGCUACAGCUGCUGUACAAUUGGCUCAGCAGGCUCCUGCCACGCAGGCUGUGUCACAGCCAGCCCAGACAAGUAACAUGCAGCCUCAGGCUACACCACAGCAUCACCAGCUCCUUAUAAAGCAGCAGCAGCAGCAGGCAGCGGCCUUCCUGACCCCCCAGAGUAAUCAACAGCAUCAACUGGUACCGAGCCUCCACCGUCAGCAGCAUCAACACCAAACCACGUCUCAUGCGUCUGCCUCAUUGCAAUCCAAUGCUAAACCUGUUCCUCCAGUUGUUGCUCUACAACGUCCACAGCAUCAGCAGCAUGUAGUCCAUGAGACACCAGCUCUACAUCUCUCACCCAUCCCUGAGUCUGCAGUCACUGGUCCAGCAGCUAAACCAGAGCUUGUGACAUAUGGCCGAGGCAUGCACAAAGCCGGCUCUUUGACACCGCCCUCAUCUCCAAAGAUGGCCCCCAAGGGUGGCCACAGACGUAUCCUGAGCGACGUCACCCACAGCGCAGUAUUUGGUGUCCCAGUCAGCAAGUCCACCCAAUUACUGCAGGCAGCCGCUGCUGAGGCCAGCCUCAACAAGUCCAAAUCAGCCAGCACUACCCCUUCUGGCUCCCCAUGCUCGUCUCAGCAGAGUGUGUAUCAUCCAGGCGACAGUGAAGCGCCAUUGGCCCUCGUUGCACCCCGCACACAGCCUAGCUGGAACCCUUUUGGCGACGAUAACUUCUCCAAGCUAACGGCAGAAGAGUUGCUUAACAAAGACUUUGCAAAGCUAGCCGAGACUGCUGCUCUAGGAGAUACAGUCACAGGCUCCAGUGAAAAUCUCAUCCCAGGACUCAGUGCGUUUCCUGUGAAGGCAGAUGUGUGUGAGGAUUCACUGAUUCCUGGUUUGGAAGCUCCCCAGGUUCAGCAGCAUGCAGCCCAGCCGGCGCUCAUCACCGGCAGCAUUCCAGACUCUCUCACUGGAGGAGACUCUCUGCUGAGUUGUGAUCUGUUAUCUCAUACUUCUCCACAUGGAAACCAAUCCGUUUCUGCUGUGUCCUCGUCCUGCUCCUCUGCUCCUCCUGGCUCCUGCUCUGGAUCCUGUCGGGAGGAGCUGCACCCUAGUCACACAGCUUCUGACUCUACUCUCCUCAUGUCGUGUGAGGAGAAGGGCAAUGACGACGAGUUUGACCCAAUUCCCGUGCUCAUCUCCAAAAACUCAAAUCAAGAUGUGCAGGAGAGCAACGGCUACUCUGUGCUUCGGGAGGGAGAGAAGACAGAAGCCCCAGAGGGAGACGCUCAGACGAACGAGGCCUGUGUGCACUCCAGCGAGGAGGAGGAGGAGGAGAGGGAAGGUCAAGAUGAGGAGCGACAUGAUGGGGAGGCUGUUGAGAGUCACGUAGCAGCCCAUGACUCCAGCGGCUCAAGGCCUCUGCUGUUAGACUCUGAGGAUGAAGACGAGCAAGGGGCUCAGUUAAUGCUCCAGGCAAGCACAAUACCGACACAAACCUCUGCUACAAUCCAUCAACCUACUCCAAGCUCACUCGCUCAGAAUCAUUCCCAGUACGUGCAGGAGCCAGCGAGGCCAGCAGACGUCACUGCGGACGUCUUCUCUAAAGCUCCCUUUCGGAUCGCUACCGAAGACGCGGGCGAUGUCUUCGCCAACGCGCCAUUUCCUCGCUUCCCUCCUGCAGCUCAGCAGCAGCUUGAUGUGUUCUCUCAGGCUCCCUUUGGGAAAAGAAAGGAGGCUGCAGGAGCUCAGACCAAGACCUCACAGCCUCAUGCUGCUGGAGUUCAAGCUGUGACCCACGAUCAGUGUGUGUUGGGACAAGUCACUCAACAGCCCUUCCGCCCUCAAGCUCUGGCCAAAUAUUCACGACACUAUGAGGGACCUGUGCCCCAGCAGCCAGCCGUCGCUAACGUGAGCAGGCAAACCGCUGUGGCAUCGGCCCCCGUUGGACCUCUUUACUCACUGACCUCAGAAGUGAGCGCUGUCGACCCCUUCGUCUCUGCCCCCUUUCACUUCAAGGCCCCACAGGAGAAACCCUGAAUGCACAGAGGUCAGGACAGUGUCAGCGCCACAGAAUUAUGCAAACUAUAGCAGGCAAAUACCGCAUGCUGUCAGCAGCGCUGCAGCUGGACUGCAGACUUGCAUGAAUUUCAGCAACUGGCUCUAAUAAAUCUGAUAGGCAACAGUCACCUUUGCUCGCUCUGUUUAAGAAAGAAAACUGACAUCUUUUCCUUACUCCUAAGUUUUUUUUUUUUAUAAUUAUUAUUUGUGUCUUGCAACCAUUUGCGUCAUUAUGUCAUUAUUGCUUUUGGUACGUACAUCUACACAUGGCAUGGUGGUCAAGCAUUAGAUUGACUUCUUGCCUACCUCAUUUACUUUUUUGCAUCGGCUCUAAAUGGCUUCAUGCAGAGGGAGGGGAGCUUUACUGUGAAACUAUUAUCUGACAACGCCUCAUUCUUCCAUUGUGUUUGCUGAAAGGACACAUUCAGCUUGAAGAUCAUAACAGAAACUUGAAAGAGGAAAAGACACUAUGUUUAUCUACAUCGAUCACUUCAUUGUGAUAUUUGGGUCAUAAUGUUCCAGGAGAUCAUAUGUCAUAACAUGGAGAAAAAUAAAAGUUCAAAGCCUUAACACUACACCCUUAGAUUUAAUCAUUCUUAUUACAGACUGAAGCAGAUGCUGGAUAAUGAUGCAUAGACUUUCCAAGGAUUUUUUUGUGAAAUGUAAGUCUUUUUUUUUUAAUGAUCCAACAUGUUUGCAUUAUGUUUUGGCCACUGUUCUGUCUAACCAAGUGGAAAUCAAGUGUUUUGUGCGACAUACAAACCCUAUGUAAAUGUUAGGCAUAGUAAAUUAAUUAUAUUACUUCUUGUGCUAUAAAACACAUGUAGAAAUUUUGUAUUUUUAUUUGUUUCUCCCUAUUUUGAUGAGAUACUUCUGAAGCCUUAUUUUGUUAGACUAUAUCAUCAGCAUUUAUGACAUUUGCCUUUUAUGGCCUCCUGAAAAACUGCUGCAUUUACAUCGUUUUAUUGCACUUGCACCAAAUAUUUACAGUCUGCAGGAUGCACCAAGGGUUUCAUUUAACUCUCUCUCAGUAAAUUCCACAUGUGCUAAUUGUGACUCAUGCAUAUGUACGACUGAGUCACACAAAUAUCUUGCGCUUACUGUAGCUGUUCCAGUCAGGGAUUGUAAUGUUGUAAGCGAGAUCUUGAGUAGUGACUGACGGAUGAUGUUCCUUUUUCCUUUAGACUUUAUUCCAUUGUUGUCCUGAAAUAUUUUAUUGUCUGUAUUCUUUGUAAAACCAUGGAACAUUUCUGGUUCUCACCAUAGCACUUUUAAAAAGAGGGAUCUGGUUUGUUUCAGCCCAAAUUAGAAUUUGUGUUCUCCUCGGUUGCAAGGUAAAAUCAAUGCUCACUUUUCUGCCAUGGGUUCUAUACAUGAUGGUUGCACUGACACAGUCAGGGUUCCGUGUGAACAUGUUUUGGAUUGUAACACAGCUGUAAAAUGUAUUUUGACCAGUGCUGUAAGAGAAGGAUUCAUCUGCUGAUUAUGCUGUUGGACAAGUCACUGACAACACAUUAUGUUGCACAGCCUGCCUUUAAAAAAACAUGUUGUAAGUCAUGAAAAAACUAUUAAAUGAAUGUAAGCCAAA